GCUUUCGCGCCAGAAUUAUUCUCGUUUUGCUAUCUCACCUCUCUGUCCUGCAGAAUGAACCUCUACCUAACCCUAGCUCGAACUUCACUCUUAUCUUCUCAUUUUUUCCUUCUUCAUCUACCUAAACUUUCUACUUUCCCUCUAAUUUCCAAUCUAGGAUUCCACCAAAAUUCUCGAAGAAUUCGAUGCAUUCCAGAACUCUCAAUUCCAGAAUCUGCUGCAAUUUCCGAACCAUUAAACUUCGAAUUUCCAGAAGAAUCGGAAAAAGACACAGUAGAGGAAUUACUUUCUCCGAAAAACAAGGAUAAAGUUCCAAACCUAAUGAAAAUGGAGAGAAAAUCAGUUUGUAUGCCGGAUAAUCAUGGCCGUUGGUUUCCUUACCUUGAUAAAUUUAGCGCUAAUGGUGUUUACUUGAACAGUGGUGAAAUAUUGGAGGCUGUUAAUCCUCUUAUAUUGGAUGUGAGGAAAGUAAAAUUCAGAAAUGUGGUGAAGCAUCGGAGUUAUGGAGUUUGUCUUGUGGUUGAAGGAUUGAGCGAUUUCGGAAACGUUUCGGCUGCGUUGCGCUCGGCGGAUGCGCUUGGCUUCCAAUCUGUUCAUGUUGUUUCUUGCGAUAGCUCUAAAAGGUAUAGAGAUAAUCGGCAUGUCAGCAUGGGUUCAGAAAAGUGGCUGGAUAUUGAGGUCUGGAACUCCACUCGAGAAUGCUUUGAUGUUCUGAAAUCACGUGGAUACAGGAUAGCUUCUACUCAUCUUGGAAAAAAUACAGUUUCUGUAUAUGAUAUGGAUUGGUCAUGCCCAACUGCCGUUGUUGUCGGGAACGAGAACAAGGGCAUUAGUGAAGAAGCUCUAGAAUUGUCGGACCUGCACUGCAGUAUUCCUAUGAAUGGCAUGGUUGAUUCUUUUAAUGUUUCAGUUGCUGCUGGGAUACUGAUGCAUCAUGCUGUUUGUGACAGAACAUCACGUCUGGGUUCUCAUGGUGAUCUAACAUCAGAUGAAAGUCAAAUACUACUAGCAGAAUUUUUUCUGCGGCACAGCAAAAGUGCGAUCAGCACUGCCUGCGAGUAUGCCAUCAGGAAGUCAUCCAGCACCAUGUCGAAGCUUUGAUGCAUUACCCUCUAUAAUAGACCUUACUUCAUCCGUUUAUACAUGAUGUGAAAUUUGCAGCAGGCCUUCACAGUCUUGCUUUCCCUUCUGAGUUUUGGCAUCAAUUGCCUUCUGCAGAAUUUACAAGAGUACGGGAAAUCUGUGCUGCCAAGAGUUACUUUACAACUAGAUAAUAUGAAAGCAUGUCUUAUGUUUUAACCUGUCUUAUUUAUUUAUUUCUUAUCUUGUAACUCAGGAGUCGUCACACGACUCAGCUCCGGUUUUGUUUUUCGGCCUCAUGAUUGUUCAGUUUUUCUUGAGUA